AUGAGUAACAAAGCAAAUGUGUCACGUAAAAGUAAUUUAUCACAAGAAACGUCAACGAGAAGUCGCGAUGAUCGUAAAAGAACGUCGACGUCGAAAAAAGAAGAUGAAAAAAAAUCAAGCGUAACGUCGAGUAAAAAAAAAGUUGAAAAUACUGUAACCAAAGAUCUAAUUAAAUCUUCUUCAGGUAAUUCAGGUCGAGCUGAACGUUCGAUCAACAAAAAUUUAAAUCCCACGAGUUCAAAAAAUUUGAAUCUGCAUAAAUCAAGUUCGUCUAAGACACAAGGAACGAUUGCUAAUGGAGUUAAAAGUAGGAUAAAACAAAGUAGUGAUGAAAAAAGAGGUCUGAGUACGAUUUAUAUGCCCAGUAAAAAAAGUCAUAGUACUUCCAAACAAAAUAGUGAGUAUAGUAAUAAAUCAAAUGUUACAAAUAAAGAUAGUACUGGUACUGGUACCAAAAUAAAUACCAGUAAAACGAGAAUGUCGUCGAGAGAACGUAAAAAGUCACGCACUCUCAGUCCUAGUGAAGUCAAAAUGUUAAAUAGAAAUGUUAAUUUAGAUAUUUCUGGUCCGGUAGUAUCUAAACGUGAGCCAUCACCAGAGUAUGAGUAUGAAGAUGAUUUCGAAGAUUAUGAAUCGGAUUUUCAAGAGUGUACUGAUUCGGAGGCGACUCAAGUCAGUGAUGAAUCAGAAAGUGCUAGUCUGGAUGAAGAAGAACCAGUGGAGCUGCAGCCAGCGCAGAAAAAUGAUAAAUUAGUAGCGAAUGUUGUUCUACCACGUAAGUAUGUUGAGGAAGAGCACAUGCUUGAUUCAGGACAUUAUGAACUACAGGAAGCGCGAAGAAGAGCCGCGCGAAUAGACUUGAUGUCUGGAAACCGUUCAAUAAAUUUAGUAAGCAAUCCUACUCAAGUUAUCCAACGCCCGAUUAUUUAUAGCGACGAAAAACCAUCGGAAAUAAAAUCAUUGCCUUCUUCGGCUGAUGAAGGAUUUGAAGACGGACGUUCUGGUGACUUUGCUAAGUCCCCGUUGAUUCCUGGUAGUUUUGAAUCCGGCAACCAGAGUAGUACAAAAAAAACUAUUUCACGGCGCUUAGCGCGAGGCAAACAAAUAUUGCAGAUGAUUAAACUAGAUGUUGUUGAAUGGUCGUUAUUUGAAUGUACUCCGAUAGCUUAUGAAGAAUUUAUAAGAAUUUACGGUAAAAUAAACACGCGGCAAAUUUCAACGCAAACUAACGAAGAUAGUCUGAGUGUUGAUGUUCAAACUGAUGACAUCGAAUGUAGAAAUAUGUGGACACAGUUUCCUGUUGUUUGUAAAAGUCAUUUGAAGACUAGUGAAGACAUUAAAUUAUUUACCAGAGAAUUAAUUGGAGUCGGCGGUGAUGAUGACGAGUUGACUGAACGUCCUCACCAUGAUAUCUUGCAGCUGAACGAAUUUCUCAGCAACGCUGGCAAACUGAUGCUUGCUCUGCUCGAGGGAAAAUCUUCUUACGUCAGCAGCUUGGACAGUAAUGAAAUUCCAAUGCCAUUUAGCGAUGCAACAAUUAAAUUGUCUGUUGCAAAUGUAACAUUUUUGUCGAACAGACCGGUCACGAUGAUCCGUUACUCCGAUAUUUCAAGUAGAAUUUUAAUAACGAUCCACGAGCCAGCUGAUGAAGACAUUGAGACAGCGGCCAAUGAGUAUGUCACUGACUGCUGCAUUGGGUGUCAGUGGAAUAUCGGGGAACCAUCAAGACCAACUAAAAUUUUUUAUUCGUCUAGUAACAUCAGCGCGUGUUGCUUUCAUCCAACGAAUAAUAAUAUCAUUUUUGCUGGACUCGAAGACGGCUCGAUGAGCUUGUGGGACCUCGGAGAAGACGAAUAUUAUCAUAGAAAAAUUUUUGACAGCGACAAUAAACUCGGCUGGAUUGUCCGCAGCCCGACAUUUAACACGGGCGGUAAUUUUGAUGAUCGAACAUCGUCGUCUUCAAAGAUCGUAGCUCUGUCAGUUUUGUCAAAAGUCGAGUCAGAUUCAACGGACGCCAGGAAAUUCAUGCCGAUACAAAUUUGCAGUCUGGAUGAAGACGGAAGUUGCAUUGUCUGGAGCGUUUUUAAAAAUUUCCAAGGAGCAGCGUCAAAUGACUUGGGCCAGUCUUGGUGGGGAAAACUCCGGCUCGUUAAAAGUCACGAGAUACCACUUCACUUAGACAAGCAUUUCAAGUUAAAUAACAUCCGAGGAUUCAGAGAUAUAAAGAUUGAUAGCGUUGAUGUCAAUAGUUUGUACGUUGCUUCCAAUGUCAACAAAGUGUUGCAUGCAACACGCAUCGGAAAGAAGCCUCAGCCGUUCGCUUACAAUGGAAACGAUUGCACUGGAGGUAUGACGUGUAUUGAAAAUUGUCCUUUUAAUUUACCAUUUUUCCUGGCUGGGUGUGAAGAUGGUACUGUCUGUCUCUAUUCAUCGACAAUAGAGAGACCACUACUGAAAUUUAAAAAUUUAAAUACCACUGCCGCAAUUAAAAUUAUUCAGUGGUCACGAUCUAAACCACUGACUAUUUUUAUACUAGAUAAUGAUUCAUGCAUUCAUGUCUGGGAUCUUAGUAAAAGUGAUAUUUUUCCCACGCAUAGUAUAUCUCCUGGGAAAUAUUCCCAUGUCGACAGCAUGGAAUUGUCAUCUUGUAAAAGUAAUAAUGACUUUAUAAAUCAAUAUAUGGCUCUUGGUUUAAAUAACGGUAACGUAGAAAUUCAUAAAUUUAAUAAAGAAUUUCAGUACUCUGAUAGAAGUGAAAUUUCAACGGAAUUAAAAGUACUUAUUAAUUAUUUAUCUAUUUGUUAAAUAAUUAUUUUUUUAAUUUUAAAAUUAUCACUAAACUCCGUCCGAUAUUUCAGAAUUAAUUUUUUUUUUUGGCACCAAAGACUUGAAUUGUCAUCAGUAAUAGACUGAAAUUUUUUUAAAUUUAAAUAUUACCGCAAUU